CAUCAAUGUAGAUAGGAAAAGCCCUCUCAAUACAGACUGUUAUGGAAAUAUAGCAUGUAAGAAAAGUAUUUAAGAAGGGAGGAAGUCCGACCUCAUAUAAAACUUACAUGGAAAUUUCGUACAAAAUGAGGCUUUACAACACUAUUGAAAAUUUUAAAAAUUAUAUUUGCUACGCAUUCAUUUUAUGCUGAGAAUGUCACUAUUUUUGCAAUAGAGGACAAUAAUAAUUAGCAUUUGUCAGCAGAUAAUCGAUGGAGAGAAGGGAGAAGAUAACCUGUAAAUAUCCCAAUUUUUGUGUAACUUGCAGUUUAUUUAAUGUCAAUAAUAAAUUCUUUGCAACUGUGAUUGAUAUUGAAGACGAAUGCACAGAGGAAUAUGAAAACCCACAAUACGAACCUUUUACAUAUAUUAGUGUCAACGGACAGUUUGAAGAGCAGUUUAAUCAAACACGCUGUUGUCAAGGUUCUCGGACGCUGCUUUAUAAAAUUGAAGAAGAAGAAAACACUGAUGCCCUGACGUCAUUUCCAGAUACCACCACUGAUCCUAAUACGUCAUCAGAAGAGACCACUAAACCUCCCCCUCUACUCGUUACGACUGCAACUGUAAACAUUGAUACUGUUUCCGUCGUUAAAGAAAACACCUCUUCAUAUGAUACCACAAUUUUACCUACUUCAACACCAUUUCAGUCUGUUGACAUGACUCUCUUACUUACAGCCGGAAUUGUUGGAGUUGUAGUUCUCUUUGUAAUAAUACUUUUGUGUGUCAUAGUCGUAAAAUUUAAAAGGAAAUCGAAAAGCAUCCAUGGAAUGCAAAAUCUUCAACGCCCUGUUGAAAAUGAAAUAUACAGCGAUGGAGUUGCGGAGUAUUCAACAGUGGAAGAGACAGCAACUAUUGUAAAAUCCUUGAUCCACACCAAAACAAGAUCUAGAGGGUCGGAAAAUGAACAACAAAAUUAUUUCAUUCUUGAAAAACUUGAGGCAUCAUCAAAUGCUUGUAAAACGACGUACAAGGCAAAUCACAAUUCUCCUACUGAAGAGGACAUCUAUAACAAGCUUCAUGAGAAAGAAAGACAGUCUACGGAAGUAGAGGAGAAUGUUUAUAGUCACUUCAGCGACUGUAAUGAGAAUGUUUACAGCGGCACCAUUCACCGCUGAAUGUUGGAAGAAUGCAUGCACUUGUAAAGGGAUAUAGAAUUCUUUUAUUCGUUGAAGUAUUAAAGUGCUAAGAAAAAUAUUUGAAGUUAUUUUUUUUUUUCAAAUUUACAAUAAAAUUUCAUGGCUUUUAUCUCGCUAAGGCAUUUCACACGAAAAUAUGAUAAACAAUUACUUUGUAUAGAAAUUAUUGAAACCACAAAAUUCGGUUUAAUUGACACAUUCUUGAAUUUUCAAAAAGUCAACUUCGUAAUACCCAAAUAAAUUAGAAAUUUUGUUGUUUAUUAAUGAAAAUAGUAAAACUAUAAUCCAGUAUAGAAUUGUGAGAUGCAAAUCCUAAUCACCAGUUUUAUCAGUCAGUGCUCAUGUUGUGAUCAAAUAAAGAUUUUUUAAAAACAUUUCUUUUAAUAAUUUAAUGAAUUAUUGAGUUUGUCAUAUCUAGUCUUAUCUUGAUUUAUAAUAAAAUCCACUUGCUAUGCAAAACAUAGACCAUUUAUGAAUAUAUUUUAUAUACUUAGUACAUGUACAAUAACUUAAAUUCCCAAAAUGUGAAACCUUUACGCCCAAUUGUCAAGGUUUUAAUGGUGCAUGGUAUUUGUAUACAUUUCCACUUGAUCCUUGGCGAAGAUACCUUAAUUUAUUCAUAACGAUUAGCAAUAUAUUUGCAUAUAUUUCAUCUUGUUGUCUGUAAAUAUAUGCCGCUAUCAAAGCUUUUGUUGUCAUACUAUUGUUUGAAGCCAAUAUUGAUGGUGAUAUAUGUAUGUUGUUCACAAUUGCGAAAUAUGAUGUUGAAUGUUGUUACGUUGAUGUUUAUAUGAGAAUAUUUACAUUUGCAAAUACAAUUUAAAGUAAAGAGAUGUAUAUUUAAUUAAAUGUUGAUGUGUCAGUAGCAUGAUUGUGAACCCCAACCCAGCAUGCUACUUGUCGUUUCGGACGACACAUAAAAUGUUGUUGUAGGGUGAGCCCUGUUGUCUGGCGGCCCUAAAGUUGAUGUUUAUUGUUGAAAUACAUUUACCUGACCACUGUAACCAAUAUGUGCCGUGCAAUAAAAAAAAUAAACUUUAAAUGUA